AUGGUAGAGGUCGGUGUUGACACAUCGCCAUCGUCGUCGCUCGUUGAGGACGUAGUUGAGGACGUAGUUGGUGUUAUAGUUGGUGCUAUAGUUGGUGCUAUAGUUGAUGACAUAGUUGGGCUCAGUGUAGGUGUAGCAGACGUAGUUGAUGAUGGCUUUGACUUGGUAGUGCGUCUAGGCGAAGUUGGCGGCGGCGUAUCGAACGGUAUUCUGGAAAAGGUCCCUGGCCGUGGAAAGCUAAUUGAGGAACUGGUUUGCGCUGAUGUGGGUGACUGCCUGUUACCGCAAAUCGCAAUUACGAGCCUUCCUUUUUGUGCCUGGUCUAACAACGAAGUUGACCCAGUCCUGGCCAAAACGCAUGAGUCCCGAAUUUUCGUCUCUACUUCCAGGAUUCUGCUUAUGCAGGUGGAGGAGCAAGUUUUGCCUUCGCCAAAGUCCUCCAUGGAGCAACCUCGCAGUGGUGUAUUGUAUGCGGAGGCGCAUCCCAAUGGUAAUGACAUGGUGGAUAUUGACUCGAAAUUUGUCAGGGUCAAGAGUGAGCCCGAUGCCUCCACGGCCAACAGCAGCACCACGCACAAGGUAUUCGCUAGGUUUAAUAGACUUCUUGCCAUUACUGCAACUGCACAGGCGUGA